AUGAGUGAUGAGAUUGUAAAGGCACCUGAGGGCACUAUCGUAAUUUUUGUGCUGGGUGGGCCCGGCUCCGGUAAAGGCACGCAAUGCAGUAAAAUAGUCGAAGAUUUUGGAUUUGUUCAUUUGUCCGCCGGAGAUUUGCUUCGAGAAGAGCAACAAAAUCCGAAUUCCAAAGAUGGUGAUUUGAUAAAAACAUUUAUGAAAGAAGGCAAAAUUGUGCCUAUGGAAAUUACCAUUAAAUUGCUUUCGAAGAAAAUUCAAGGAAGCAAAUCAAAUAUAUUCUUGAUCGAUGGCUUUCCGCGAAAACAGGAUCAGGCUAUGCAUUUCGAUGAAAAUGUAGUAGAACCAUCUCUCAUUCUUUUUUUUGAUUGUGAUAAAGAAGUUAUGAAGCAACGCCUCCUGAAACGUGGGGAAACUAGCGGUCGAAUUGAUGACAAUAUUGAAACGAUUGAAAAACGAUUCAAAGUUUUUCAGGAAGAUAGUUUGCCUGUAAUCAAACAUUAUGAAGAAAUAGGAAAAGUUCAUAGGAUACCUUCUAAUGAAAGUGCUGAUGAAUGUUGUACAAUCGAUAAUGGACUUAUGGACCAAUUGGAUUGGCCUUAUUUGGACCAUUCCAGUUGA